GCCAAGCGUCCAGUCGUCUUCAAUCAGCAGUGUUCAGUCUCCUCUGUAUUGAGAAACACCUCCCCAAAAGGUAGAUAUUGAAACUUUGCAGCUGCAAAUUGAUCGACUGCCUUUAACUUAAACUAAGAAGACCAACAGCCAUGAAGGCAGUAGUUAUCCUACCUUUUUUGGUUGCGACAGCUUUUGCUGCUCCGCAGUACGGGGCUACCCCGCAAUAUGGACCUGCUCCACAAACGGUCGAGGUGUCUCCUCAAGUGUCGCUUGAACAAUGGGGAACACAGACUUCGGGAGCUUUUGCUUCCGCCCACAUUGAACCUGCUCAGCAUCACGUCCAGGCAGCUGCUCAUGCUUCCACUGGAUCGUGGGGAGGAUCUCCGUCAUCCUCAAACCUCCAAAUCCGACCUAGGCCUCAAAUGGAAGAAAUCCAGAGACAAUGGGAACAGUUCAUCGAGUACCUGCCGUGGCUGAAGGGACCUGCUGGUCCACCAGGCCCACCUGGACAUGCCGGCGCAGAUGGUGCCCAAGGAGGUGGUUACGGUGGGGGCCAAAGCCAACAGACAGUUGUGGCUGGACCUCCGGGUCCACCUGGUGCACCAGGACCUGCUGGACCUAAAGGAGAUUCCGGAAAUCCAGGCACUCCAGGUGGACCGGGACCCCAAGGCCCCGCAGGACUCAAUGGCGCCCCAGGUGCGCCAGGACCAGCUGGUGAACGUGGUUCGAACGGAGCUCCCGGAGCUCCUGGAGGACCUGGUUUUCCUGGAGCAAAAGGAGCUCCUGGAAAUAAUGGAGCCCCUGGUCUUAAUGGAGCUCCAGGAACACCAGGCAGAGAUGGUAACAACGGAGCACCAGGAGCUCCAGGACCCAAAGGUGAAACAGGUGCACCAGGUCAAACGUCAACUUCAAAUAGCGCUGGACCGGCCGGACCACCAGGUUCCCCUGGUAGAGAUGGAGCUCCUGGCACUCCUGGUAGACCUGGACCCCAAGGCCCUGUAGGCCCAGCUGGAGCAAUUGGACCUGCUGGUUCUCCUGGCACCAAUGGUUUCCCUGGAACUCCUGGCCCUAAAGGUGAAGCUGGAUCUCCUGGCACCCCUGGAGGCCCUGGCAAUGAUGGACGUCCAGGCGCACCGGGCACUUCAGGCCCUGCUGGACCUGCGGGACCGGUUGGGCCCCCCGGCGGUAACGGCGGACCAGGCAAAGACGGCCUCUCUGGCAGACCAGGUGCUCCAGGAAAAGACGGGUUCCCCGGCGGACCUGGAUUACCAGGUGGACCCGGACAACCAGGUCAACCUGGCAAGGAUGGUUUCAAUGGAGCGCCUGGAGCUCCUGGAUCCCCUGGUAGUUUAGGACCUGCAGGACCACAAGGUAAACCCGGUGCUCCAGGAUCUCCUGGUGGUCCCGGCGGACCUGGACCAGCUGGACCUGCUGGAGGUCCAGGAUCUCAGGGUCAACCAGGCACACCAGGUUUCCCUGGUGGCCCCGGCCCUGCUGGACCUCAAGGAGCACCGGGACCCCAGGGACCAACUGGUCCUGAGGGAAGACCUGGCUCUCCCGGUACCCCCGGACCUGCUGGACCCGCUGGAGCUACUGGAUCUGCUGGAAUUUCUACCUCAAUUCAGUCCCCAGCCUAUGAGGUCCCUGCCCACCAGACCGGUCAUCAGCAAGCGCCAGCUGCCCAACCGUCUCAUCAAGAAACCGCACAACCACCGUUUUGGGCAGCCCCGACUCAACCAUCUUGGUCUACUCCGCCUCAACCUUCAGUCCAGGCACCGCAAUCCGCCUACGGAAGACGAUAAACCAUGGACGAUUAGCACUAUUUAACUGAGGGUCUUUCAGAGUGUGUACAAUUGUGUACAUUCAGACGGACACCUUCUUGGCAGAUAAAGAAAACUAUAUGGAUUAUUCAUUCUACACAUUCCUCACCAUAGCUACACCAUGACUCGCAAUACUACUAUUUCACUUCAACAUACUGUAAACUGCUUUUAAAUACACAAAUGUACAGUA